GACAAGACAAUUGUCACUUACUAUACUGCCCUCUCUUCGCCUUGCCCCUUUCCUUUCCGGUAUUGAUGAUAAUUUUCUGAUAAAAUUAAUCUACUAAUCCAAUUUAGUUUUAUUUGUAUGUUAAUGAAGGUUAGGUAGUGUUCGUGUAUUAAGUUUGUUACCAUUAGCAAAGCCAUGGAUCUGCAUAGGCCAGUGGAUCCGAAUAAGACCUACGAAGAAUUGACUUCGGAAGAAAAAUUGAGAUAUGACCAUCAGAAACUUCAUGAAUUACAUAAAGGGCAUGAGUCUAUGCAUACAACUAUGAUUUUGAUAUUAAUUAUGACACUAAUCAUAGCACAGGUUAUAGUGGUUGAAUGGAAGAAGAGGCAUUACCGAUCUUAUGCUUUUUUCACAAUGUGCGCAAUGUGGUCCAUACCAGUCCUGAUGAGUGCCAAGAACCACUGGAUCCGAUUCAUCGUCGUCUGGACAAUAUUCACUCUCCUCACAGCUCUUGUUAUUAGGAAGUGCUCAAAUAAACCUAUGUCCGUAACUACGCCUAGAUUAGUAUACAAAUGGUUUUACUUCAUAUACAAAGUUAGCUGUUUCCUCGGCGUUGUGGGCUAUGUUACAAUGAUGUUGACGUUCGUGGGGGUCAACAUCAUAUUUGGUCAGAAACCGCAACAGUGGAUGGACCCGGCCCUCAUGUUUUUAUUCUAUGGACUUUACUUUGGUGUUUUGGGAAGAGAUGUGGCCGAGUAUUGCACGGACAAAAUGGCCGCUUCUAUAGGGUAUUACACACAAGAAGGCAUUCCCACGCGACAGCUGGAGAGCAACGUAUGCGCCGUGUGCGGGAAUCAAUUGUUAGUCAACGUUAAUGAAGAGGGAGUUUUAGAGAACACGUACAAGCUGACGUGCGGUCACGUGUUCCACGAGUUCUGCAUUCGCGGCUGGUGCAUCGUGGGCAAGAAGCAGACCUGCCCGUAUUGCAAGGAGAAGGUGGACCUCAAACGCAUGUUCACCAACCCUUGGGACCGGCCUCACAUAUUGUAUGGUCAGUUGCUGGACUGGAUCAGAUGGCUGGUGGCCUGGCAGCCCCUUAUACUGUUUCUGGCCCAAGGCAUAAAUUGGAUGCUAGGACUCGAGUGAGCGGAAACAGCAACUCUAAGGACUGUGAAAUAAAGAGUCGAAUUUCCGUUGGUUUUUCUACGGCAAUUGUGAUACUCGGAUGUUAUGUAUGAGAUGUGUCCAUUUUAGUUUUAUUUAUUGUGUAUUUAUAAAAAAACAUACGGUUUUAGUAUUUUUUAUUUAUUUAUUUGUAUUUUUAAAUAUAUUUUGCACGCGAUUUCGUCGGCGCGCAAUUUAUUAUUGGUUAUGUCUCCGGUUCUAAAUGGUAUAUUAUGAAAAAUCUGCGUCUUUUGUUUUGAAAACAGCAUAAUUACUACAGAUUUAUAUAUUACUAGCUCUUGCCCGUGGCUUCGCCCGCGUGAAUUUAUCUGCGAAAGCGGAACAGACGAUUUUCAUACAAACUUAAUUUUUUUUCUCUGUCUAACACUGGCCGCGUUAACAUUUUUUGUAUUUUUUAGUGAAAGAAAGAGAA